AUGGCACAAAAUUUUCUGGUAAAAAGUGCUCGUCAUAAGGUCAAAGUAAUUUUCAUCUCAAGAACAGGAGAACGUGCCACUCCAUUUGUUCGUCAAGCUGCCAAGAAUUAUUGGGCUUAUGCAUCUUUUGCAUUUGCACUAUGGCGGGAAGAAGAAGCGACUUUUUGGUGGAAUAUGUUUGGGGUGGAAUCUGCUCCUGCUAUUGUAUUUCUUAGAGAUCCAGGCGUCAAACCUGUCGUGUAUCAUGGGUCAGUCAAUAAUUUAUGGUUUUUGAAUAUAAUGGGGAAGAAUAAACAUCAAGAUUGGGUUGGAUUCUGCAGUAUUAAAGAUUAUGUUGCAACCCUUGUGCUCAUCAUUGUUGUGCUUCAGUCACUAGAGCAUCCCUAUCAAAGCAUUUUCUUCUGA